UCCACUCUCGCCAACUAUUAUCAAAAUCUUCUUCUCCUUCUUCUCCGCCAUUCUUGUCGCUCUAAAACCCUAUCAUGCUCUUUUGAGAAUCUCCCCUGCUCAAUUCAGCUCUAUCCAGGGCUUUCGAACUUGAUUUUUUUCAUCGAAUCCACCACUGCCUCCACUGAUCGUCAACAAGGUUUACUCUGUCUAGUGUCCCGAUUUUUCAAACUCCACGGAGGAGAUGGAUCUGCAUAGCCUCUCGUUGAUCCUUCGGGCCGCCGCCCUCAGCCCGAUUCCCGAUGAACGCAAAGCUUCUGAGCAGCAGCUCAAUCAGCUGCAGUACACACCUCAGCAUUUGGUGAGGUUAUUGCAGAUAGCCGUGGAUGGAAAUUCUGACAUGGCAGUGCGUCAAAUUGCUAGUAUUCAUUUCAAAAAUUUCAUUGCUAAGAACUGGUCACCUGAGGAUUCUGGAAUGCCACAGAAGAUAUUGCAAAGCGACAAAGAAUUGGUUAGAGAUAAUAUCCUCGUCUAUGUCACCCAAGUCCCAACCUUACUCAGAUCACAACUUGGAGAGUGCCUCAAGACAAUUAUUUAUUCUGACUACCCAGAACAAUGGCCACGUCUUCUGGAUUGGGUGAAGUACAACUUGCAAAAUCAACAAAUUUAUGGGGCUUUGUUUGUGUUGCGGAUACUCUCUAGAAAAUAUGAGUUCAAGUCAGACGAGGAGAGGACUCCAGUUUCCCGCAUCGUUGAGGAGACAUUUCCUCAACUUUUGACUAUCUUUAAUGGGCUUAUCCAGAUACCAAAUCCCUCUCUGGAGAUAGCAGAACUUAUGAAGUUGAUAUGCAAAAUAUUUUGGUCAUCCAUAUAUCUGGAGCUUCCAAGGCAAUUAUAUGAUCUAAAUGUCUUUAAUGCCUGGAUGGUUCUGUUCUUGAGUGUUUCGGAGCGUCCUGUUCCUGUUGAAGGCCAGCCUAUGGAUCCGGAACUUAGAAAAUCUUGGGGAUGGUGGAAGGUCAAGAAAUGGACAGUGCACAUAUUAAACAGGCUCUAUAGUCGGUUUGGAGAUCCAAAACUUCAAAGUCCAGAAAACAAACCUUUUGCCCAGAUGUUUCUAAAGAAUUAUGCAGGUAGAAUUUUGGAAGGCCACCUAAAUUUCUUGAAUACAAUUCGUGUUGGAGGCUAUAUUCCUGACAGAGUUACCAACCUUCUCCUUCAGUACUUAAGCAACAGCAUUUUGAAGAAUAGCAUGUACAAUUUGCUACUACCCCGGCUGGAUGUUCUGCUUUUUGAGAUUGUUUUCCCUCUAAUGUGCUUUAAUGAUAAUGAUCAAAAGCUUUGGGAGGAAGACCCACAUGAAUAUGUGAGGAAAGGCUACAAUAUCAUUGAAGACUUGUAUAGUCCGCGAACAGCGUCCAUGGAUUUUGUAAAUGAGUUGGUUCGAAAACGUGGGAAAGAGAACCUUCCGAAAUUUGUUCAGUUUGUCGUUGGGAUCUUCAGGAGUUAUGACGAAGCUCCUGCAGAACAUAAGCCUUAUCGCCAAAAAGAUGGUGCGAUGCUUGCUGUUGGAGCUCUUUGUGACAAAUUGAAGCAAACGGGUCCCUAUAAAUCUGAACUCGAGCGCAUGUUGGUGCAACAUAUUUUUCCUGAGUUCAGUAGUCCAGUUGGACAUCUUAGAGCAAAGGCCGCAUGGGUAGCUGGACAAUAUGCACAUAUCGAUUUCUCAGAUCAGAAUAACUUUCGUAAAGCAUUGCACAGUGUUGUUUCUGGACUGCGCGAUCCUGACCUCCCUGUUCGUGUUGAUUCUGUUUUUGCAUUGCGUUCAUUUGUCGAGGCUUGUAAGGAUUUAAAUGAGAUUCGUCCAAUCCUCCCUCAGUUACUUGAUGAAUUCUUCAAACUCAUGAAUGAGGUAGAGAAUGAGGACCUUGUAUUUACUUUGGAGACCAUCGUAGAUAAGUUUGGCGAAGAGAUGGCUCCUUUUGCUUUUGGAUUAUGUCAAAAUCUGGCGGCUGCAUUUUGGAGGUGUCUAAACACGUCAGAAGCCAAUGAUGACUCGGAUGACAUGGGAGCUUUGGCUGCAGUUGGUUGUUUGCGUGCCAUAAGUACAAUUCUUGAAUCUGUUAGCAGUCUUCCACAGCUGUUUGUUGAGAUAGAACCAACUAUACUUCCAAUAAUGCAGAAAAUGUUGACCACUGAUGGCCAAGAGGUAUUUGAAGAAGUUUUGGAGAUUGCAUCAUACAUGACAUUUUAUUCACCUAACAUUUCCUUGGAUAUAUGGAGUCUCUGGCCUUUAAUGGUGGAAGCAUUGGUUGAUUGGGCAAUUGAUUUCUUUCCAAAUAUUUUGGUUCCGAUGGACAACUUUAUAUCAAGGGGAACUGCUCAUUUUCUCACUUGCAAGGAGCCCGACUAUCAGCAAAGUCUAUUUAAUGUUCUCUCAACUCUUAUGACUGACAGAAACAUAGAAGACAGUGAUAUUGAGUCGGCUCCAAAGCUUAUUGAAGUUGUUUUCCAGAAUUGCAAAGGGCAGGUGGAUCAGUGGGUUGAACCAUAUCUGCGACUCACUGUUGACCGGUUACAACGAGCUGAGACUUCAUGUUUGAAAUCUCUUCUUAUACAAGUGGUGGCAAAUAUGCUUUACUACAAUCCAGGCUUGACACUUGGUGUAUUGCAUAACACAGGACUUGCUUCCAAAGUAUUUGACCUUUGGUUCCAGAUGUUGCAGCAAAAGAGAAAAAGUGGCCUGCCUGCCAACUUCAAAAGGGAACAUGAUAAAAAAGUUUGCUGCUUGGGUUUGACUUCGUUACUUGCUCUCCCGGGUGGUCAAUUACCCGAUGACGCGCUGCAGCAGGUUUUCAGGGCAACACUUGAUCUUCUAGUUGCAUAUAAGAAUCAGCUAGCUGAAGCAGCAAAGGAAACAGAAGUGGACUAUGAGGAUGAAAUGAAUGGACUCCUCAGUGAUGAUGAGGACGGUGAUGAUGAUGAUGGGUCUGAUGGGGAGAUGGGGAUGGAUGAUGCUGAGGAUGGAGAUGAAGCACAAAGCGUGAAGCUGCAGAAGUUAGCUGCGCAGGCAAAGGCCUUCCACUAUGAUGAGGAUGAUGAUGACGACGACGAUUCCGAUGAUGACUUUAGUGAUGACGACGAGUUUCAGUCACCCAUGGAUGAGGUGGAUGCCUUUGUAUUCUUUGUCGAUGCAAUUAGAGUUAUGCAGGCAUCAGAUGCGCAGAGAUUUCAGAACCUUAACCAGUCACUGGACUUCACUUACCAGGCGAUUGCAAACGGUAUAGCACAGCAUGCGGAGCUGAGAAGAGUGGAGAUUGAGAAAGAGAAGCAAAAGAAGUUAGCAGAAGCUGCUUCUACUCCUGUUGCUGCUCAGUGAUCUUAAAGCUUUGGAUCAAAGUGACAGUGUGGUACACAAAUGGUGUCAUUUUGGUGAGAGAUUGUCGUUCAUAAUUAUUUGGCAUAGUGGCUUGCUUCCAGGUUAUACAAAUGAAGAAGCAGAUUUGUGAAUUUUAGCAGAAGCCAUCAUCUCUAGAACCUUGUGAAACCGUGUGGUUGCGGUUGAUGAGGAUGAAGUCUCUUAUGAUUUAAAAGGUGUGUACUAUAUUUCAUCUUCUUCUUCUUCCGUGAGUGUGUUGUGUUGUGUCUCUUCUUUUUGAGUUGGUUGUAUUCAUAAAGGAGUUUUUUGGGAGGGUGGGGGAUUUUGUGUACUCUUUAUCUUAUGCGCACAGAGUCUUGUCUGUCUUUUGGGAUGAUAGAAUUUUUUAGGAAGAGCUACAUUGAAUUUUUGUGAUCUCACAGAGAGAUCAGCAAGGUCACAUCAGGUUGUACGACCAAUUCUUUCAUAAAGUGAUAAUUACUAUCCAUGAUUUAUUUUUCAAUC